AGGUUCUAGAUUUAUUCUUUCAAUCCAAAUCAUUUCUCGUUCGGAUCCCCACCCAUUCGCAUCGUUUUGGAGUCUCAACAAAAAAAAAAAAGAAGAAAAUCCUGAAUUUGGUUGUGAUGAAUUUCAAACAAGAAAUCAAAAACAACUUGGGCAUGGGCCCAGAAUUGCUGACCCUGGAGCCCAAGGACGCGCUGACUUUCCACGGUCCUUUCAACCGUUCAGUGUGCGAGAAGCUGGUCAUCACUAAUCCCAGCAAGACGGCUAUGGUAGUGUUCAAGAUGAAGACUACCUCGCCGAGGCAGUUCUUCGUGCGUCCCAAUAUCGGAUUGCUGGGGCCCAACGGAUCGGUCUCUGUGGACAUCUUCAUGCAGCCAACCAUGGUGGAACCGGGACUGAAGCCGCACAAGUUCAUGAUCCUGGCGGCCACUGCGACAUCGGAUGUGGUCGAUGUGACAGAGUUCUGGAAGAAUCAGAAGCCAGAAAACAUCUGGGACACGAAGAUCAAGUGCGAGCUAGUACCAGGGAAGAAUGACGAUCAGUACCGCCAGGCCGGCGGUGGCAUGUCCGCCUCUCCGCGCAGCGAUGUGGAGGCGGAGUACGACGCUCUCGAGGUCAGUGAGCCUGUUGCAAAGCUAUUGAAGCAGGUCAACGCGUUGGAGGACGAGCGUAUGACCCUCGAGGCAGAGAUCAAAGUCAUGCGUGAGGGUUCCAUAGGAGGAGAUCCAGACCAGCAGAUGGUGCGCCAGAGCCAUUGGGGGCGUCGAGGCGUCUACACCUUCGUCGCCUUCGUUUUCACCGUGCUGGCUGCCAUUGUUGGCGCAUUUUAUGGAAAACAUUAUUUGUGAAUCAUUCACAAAAUAGCCUUUGGAAAUUAAGAAGCCUGUGUUUCGGCCCAAAAUUGUACAACAAAUUUUAGACAAUUGAAAAAAAAUGUAAUCAGGC